AUGCCUCCCAAAGCGAGUUCUAAAGCUUCUGGGAAGAAAGCAGCAUCAAAAAAGCCAGCAAAGAAAGCAACCACAACAAAGAAGUCAGAUACACUUAAAGAAAAGAAAUCAGCGCCAACUCGUUCGAAAUCAGUCGAAAAGCCAAAGGCAACUCCAGUAAAGAAGAGUGCAGCCACAUCAAGGAAAAAUAACGCUAAGACUAUUAAAAAAGCGGCAUCAAAAGACACAUUACCACCAGUUAAAACAACAAAGAAGAAAGAAUCAUCCAAAUUAGUUCCAAAGGCAUCAAAGAAGUCAACAGCUAAGAACACACCAAGGAGAGCUCUUAGAAGGCCAUCAGUAGAAUUAGUCACAGAAGAUAUUUCAAUAGACGUUACACAGGAUAGCGAACCACAGACUAAGAAUGAUGUUAAGGCCCAAGAAAAAGUAGAACAGCCAAAGCAAGAAGAAAUUGCUAUGAAUGUACCAGAAGUAAACGCUGUUGAAUACGAGCAAUGUAUAAAUAUACCAUUUAUCUCCGUUCUCGGAAAUUCUAUGCCUCCGCCUACGAAUGUCGAAGAAUUAUUGAACGCUUUACCUGCUUAA